AUGAGGCGAGCCGCCGGCUCCCAUAUUCGGACUGAUCGUCAGAAGCUCGCUCUUUUGCAAAGAACAACUCUCAGCAGCCGGCAAAUUGCGCCAUCAUUGAGAUCCAAUCAUGUCCGGAAACUUCUUGCCAGCCAUGAACAAGCUACGAAGCUGGUAGACGCCCUCCAUACUCCAUCUAAAGUCGACCGAGUCAUUGAUCGUCCUCCCGUGACUCGUCGUCAUACUUCUCGCCGUCGCUCGCUACCAAAAGAGGAAAGCCCACGAAGCGGUCUCAAACCACAUGACACGUUGGGAGCAGAUGAUCGACGUCAAUCUGCUUGCAGUUUGGCUGAGCGCCGAAUCGAGGAGCACAGAAAAUACAGCUCCUACGGUAUCGAGUCCCCUAUUCCAAUUGAGUUACCUUGCUCAUCGUCACAACCGGAACCCGAGCGAUCUCCAUCGAUUUGCUAUUCAAAAAAACCUGUUCGAAGCUUAUCAGCCGGGUGGCGAGAAUCGUUCAGAGUAAGCGUACAAAGAGUCACUAGGAAACUAAACGUGUUCCGAAGAGCCAGUCCAUCCACACUGAGCACGCGUUCAACUCAACAAUUCUUGGUUCCAAGUCCAGAAAUGUCGUGCAAAUCAAAUCCAGAAACUGUCAAGAUGAAAAAGUCAAUCUCGUUCAGUGAAACCACUCGCAAUGCGUUCCGCCGAUCGUUUCGUCAAAAAAAACAUUUUUUCUCUCAAUUUUUUCUUUUCAAAGUGACCCUAACUUAUAAUGGAGGUCUUCAACAAACUCCUCUUUAUUUCAUAAUUUUCUUCUUUAUGAGGAGCUAUUAA